AGUAUAUUAUUACUAUAAUAAGAAAUAGUGGAACAUUUCCAUAGUGUAAUAUUGGGCCACUGCCACCAGAGACCGUAUUUUCACCUGUGGGUAUAUAUCGUAACAAUGCAGGGGAGUAAAAGGUGCGGGAGGAAUAUAUGAUUGCUGCGGCUCUUCAUUGUGUUUGUUGGGGUGCAUUCUGUUUAACUGUCAUCACUGACUUUAUUCGGCGACCCAACAACUGCAUCUUUAGCUCUACCAAGGCUUUUCUUGAGUAACAGCACCACCUACAAACAACUUGUUUUUCAAGAAAUGCAUUGGAAAGGACCGAAGUACGUUCACUUCCUCCAUCUACAAGGAAUUGAACGGACAGUCACUGAGUGGUGAGGAUAGGAUUUCUGAUUGCUGUGAGUGUGAAAGCGACGUUCCAUAUCCAAAGAUUCAAACAGACACAGACCAAUGAUGCAGGAGGAACAAGGCAUUUUCAUAUCUUUGUACUCAGACUGUCAAGAACAUGAUUGUUUAUCAUUUACCACACCUUCAAGGAAAUACACAGCAGAGGAGCUAUGCUUGAUAGCUGCCAAAAAGAUUGGACUUUCCCCAAUAACAUUCCACUUGUUUGGGCUGGUGACUCCUGAUCUUCAUCUUUGGUUACCACCAGGAAAGGUUUUGAUGGUAUCAGAUUCUUCAAGACAAGAAUACUUGUUUAGAUUACGUUUUAAACUUCCAUUUAGAGUGGACAGUUCUAAUCUCUGGAUGCUCAUCAGGAGAGACUUGAAAGCAUUUCAUUAUUACUUUCUCCAAUGCAGACAUGAUUUUGUGAACGAUGUCCUCAAGACGAGGUAUGGAACAACUCUCUCAACCAGUCAUAAUCUUGGUUUAGCGGUGUUAGAUAUGUUCAGAGUUGGUGUACAAAAUAAAAUGACAUCAGCUGAUCAAGUGUUAGCAAAGUAUGGAUACAAAAUAUUCCUCCCACCAAGUUCUCUGGGUGGGUUUAAUAAACUGCUUGAUAGUGUGAGACUAAAAAAAAAUUUCAAAGAUGAGCUAGAUAAACUUUUUACUGACCAAUCUUCUAUUCAAGCUCAGAAUCUGACAAGUAUCAAACAUCGUUAUCUAAAUGGAUUGUUUACAAGAGUGGCAGUGUACGGAAGUGAAUUCUUGCAGGGAAAAGAUCCCAGUGAAAAUAUAUGGGUUGAUCCACAUCAUGAGACUUGCCCGGGCAUUUACACUUCAAAAUUGAUAAACAAGAAAAGUGUCAAAGAGCAUCUUUGUAAAAUAGAGGACAUUGACUUCAUAUCUGUGGUGCCACAAUCUCAACAUGAUUUUGAAGUUCGCAUCCAGUCAAGAAACAGUUCACUUAAGCCCCUGAUGUUUGGUAAACAAGAGCAGAUGGAAUCUUUUGUCAGCUGCGUAGAUGGAUACUGCCGUCUGAUGAAAGACUUCUAUUACCACCCUUGUUCAAAGAUUACAUCCCCGUUAUUAGCAGAGAUGAUGAAGAGCAAAUGCCAUGGGCCAGUUACGCCUGAUUGGGCAAAGAAGCAGUUAGAAAAGAGAGAGAACAACACCCCAGGGACAUACCUUCUGAAACAGUCAUCCCACACAUUUGACCAACAUACUUUGUUUCUUGUCACACAAGCUAGGAUAGUUGUAUUUGAGAUAUCUUUUACUGAUGAAGAUGGGUACAGGCUUGAAACAGGUGAUAAUACAGAAAAAGAACCUGCUUUUGAGGAUCUAAAUGCCCUGCGCAGACAUUAUCAUCUUGCUGGGAGAAAGAAAUUGUCUCAUCCUACUGAAGGAAGCAUUGAUUUUGUUUUGAAGACACCACUGAUACCAGGGAAAGACCAGUGCCCUAGUAUUCUGCUGUGUGCGCCUUUAUUGGAUGAUGAAGAUAAGGAAGAGAAAGAAAAGAAAGAUGAAUUGCUAUACAGCAGAACAAACACUCCCUACCUUGUCUUGGAAACACAAAUUAAGAAAAGCGAGAUACAUGGUAGCAGGGCAGAACACAUUGGUGCUAAUCAGAUUACCAAGGUGCAGUUUGGGCAGCUAUAUUUUAAAGGCACAGAUUCUUCCAGGUGGAAGGAAGUAGCAAUCAAGAGUCUAGCUUCAUCUUCACCUAAAUUACUGGAGGCUUUCCAACAGGGUGUAAGCAAGGCAUCAGCAUGGACAAGUCGUUACAUCAUCAAAAGCCAUGCAAUUUGUUUAGAUCGUCCUUUCAGAGUCCUGAUGGAAGAGGCGCGCAUGGGAUCUCUUUUAGAUCUGCUGAGGAAUCGCGAGAAAAUAUUUUCUCUUUCCCACCUUGUGAAUAUUGCUGAACAACUGGCAGAAGCACUGAUGUAUUUGGAUGAAAAUAACUUCACCCAUGGAAAUAUCCGCUGUCGAAAUGUUCUUGCUUGCAGUGAAAACACAGAUGGUUAUGUGGUAAAACUUUCAGACCCUGGACUCAUUUACUUUUACUCAGGCUUGGCCUCUGACAGUGUCAUAAACAUAGAAAGGUUACCAUGGUUGGCACCAGAGCUGCACAACAAUUUUCAUGCCUUCAAUAUUGAGUCCGAUGUGUUUGCUUUUGGUGUGACACUGUGGGAGAUUUUAUCAGUAGGUGCUAGGCCCUUGGAAUCUGAAUCUGCAGAAAUGACUCAAGUCUUCUUCAGCAGUGGAAGAACCCUUCCCAUUCCAAUGUGUUGUAAGCCAUGCAUGACUGACAGAGAAGAGAUUGCAGAUACAAAACGGAGUCUACAUGUAUUGGUAAAUGAGUGCACCAGAGCUGUUGCUAGUGAGAGGAAGCCAACGAAGUCAAUUCUGAGAGACAUUAGACAGAUGCAGCUCAAUGUACAUCACAGGCAUGACACUAUGUUGUAUGCAGUUAUCAAUGAAGAUUCUGACCAUGGUUAUAUGAACACAGAUGACAGGUCUAUCAGUACAGAUAGACAGUGGUGUAAACUGAUUCUGGAUGAGCUGAGCCAAGAGGCAGCAGAUGUGGCCAAACCUUUGAAAAGACCACCUACCAGACAGCUUGUCAUACCACCAAGGGUUGGAAGUAGAGAGCCGCAAUUACCGAAAGCAGUGCCUAGGCAUACCACAAAUGAUAACUCUAGUGAUGACCUGGUGGAUGGCAGUGCACACCCAGUCAUAUUUAUGUCCCAGAGACCGUUGCCUCCUACCCCAGGAACAUUAAGAAAGCUGAAAUGGAAGGACCUGAUCAUUGAUAGAACUAAAGUUCUGGGUGCUGGUCAUUAUGGAUGUGUAUACCUGGGCAGAUACAAACCUGAAAAUAGGAUGGUUGCUGUAAAGCAAUUGAAGGAUGACCAAAAAGAUUAUGAGGCUUUUUUUCAUGAAAUGAAAAUAAUGAACAAACUAAAUCACCCAAAUGUGGUCAACAUGAUUGGGGCCACUAGAGAUUCAAAAGAUGCACAUGAUGAAAUCUAUUUGGUUAUGGAGUUUGUAGGAAAUGGGACAGUCAUGAAGUACAUAGAACAGCGGAAGCCUGAUGAUCAUCAGUUAACAAAAUUGUCAAGAGACAUUGCUGAGGGCAUGGCUUAUUUAGGUUCUUUUGGAAUUGUCCAUCGUGAUCUGGCAGCACGUAAUGUAUUGGUAACCUUUGACCAUCGAGCAAAGAUCAGUGAUUUUGGACUUUCAAGAGCACUGGAUGACAAUGUCUAUUACACAAUGAGGCGGACUAAAGGAGAUUUUCCGAUAUUCUGGUGGGCCCCAGAGUGCAUCCAGUUUCAUAGAUUCACAACCCGGUCAGAUGUGUGGAGUUAUGGUAUGGUUUUGUGGGAGCUAUUUACAAGGGGAACAAACAGUGUAAGAAGGAAUAUGGAGAGAGAAAUAAGAACAAGAGCAAGUCAAAGAAAAAUGCAACCUGUGGAGACAUUUUUGUUAAUGCUGCAUGAAGGAUGGCAUCUUCCACUCCCUGAAGUUUGGCCCUUAGAAAUUAGAGAGAUAAUCCAGAGUUGCUGGCAAAUCAACAAGGAAGACAGACCUUUGUUUAUAAACAUCAGGGAAAGACUGGAAGAAUAUCUGAAAGAAGACUCCCCUGCUAUAUUGUUGUCUUCACAAAUGGACCUCCCCUCCCCCACCCACAGUACAGAUGGGAGCAGGCAGUUGUUGCUGCCACCUUCUUCUCCAGACAGCAUUAGAGAUAGCAGUGCAGAGAAUUACAACAGCACCAAUACCACAACUACAACUCUCGGUGAUGUAAGCUGUAUUGAGUUUCCAAUUGAUGUGAACAGGCUUAUUGCUCGUCCCUUACCACCAGAGCCAUCUUGCCAGCCAGUCAAAGAAUUUGACUAUAGUGAAUUGAAACUAGAACGUAGACUUGGCCAGGGCCACUAUGGGGAAGUGUUUAAAGCGAGCUGUUCACCAGACCUUGGGUUUGAUGUAGUGGCUGUUAAAAGGUUACAGGUGGAAGUGGAAAAGCAAAGCAGCAUGGAAAGGGAGUUCCAGCAUGAGGUGAACAUGAUGAGCAGACUGAAUCAUGAAUGUAUUGUUAGAAUACUGGGGACAGCCAAGCAGUCACCGCGGGAAGGAAUUGGUUCUGGCAGAGAAUUGUGGAUUGUAAUGGAGUAUGUUUCUCAUGGUGAUCUGAAAAACUACAUUUCUAAUUCCUCUUCCACUCUGAGAGAUCUUGAUCGCAUCAGACUGGCUAGGGACAUCGCAGAGGGUAUGCAGUACCUACAUGUCAACAGGAUUAUACACCGUGAUUUAGCAGCUAGGAAUGUGCUGGUUACAUUUGACCAGAGGGCUAAAAUUACUGACUUUGGCUUGUCAAGACAGAGAGAGGAGUCCGUCUAUUACUAUGUUGCCAAGUCCAACAGGGCUGUCAAUCCCUACUGGUACAGUCCAGAAGGGAUAGAUCCACAUAAUCCCAGAUUUGCCUCCCGGUCAGAUGUAUGGAGCUUUGGUGUGGUGCUCUGGGAAAUAUUUAGCGUUCAUGAUGUCAUAGACACAUAUGACUCAGAAAUAUUACGCCAGAAGCUGGUUCCUGAUGUGGAAAACAAGAAUACUGUGGUUGGAUUAAGACUACUGCUUGGAAAAAAAUGGCGACUGCCUAUUCAACCACAGUGGCCAGAAGAAAUUAAAAAAUUGAUGCAAGAUUGUUGGAGGUAUGAAAGAAAAGAGCGCCCCCAUUUUGACCAGAUCAAGGAAUCUUUGGAAGACCUCGUUUCUAAAUUAUAUUUGGUUUAAAAGGGCCUUGUACAAAACAGUUCCUGUUUAGCAUGCUGUUAUAUGUAUGCACCUGUUACAUAUUGUGCUUGUUUAAGUAGAAUUUGGCAUGCUUUUUUAAAGGUAAAUGUCUAGUUUUUUAUUAUAGUUUAAAUUACCUUUGUUGCCUAUUUUACUUUCAUAAUGCCCAGUAGCAUUGCUGGUGUACUAGUGUUAAGAUUGUGUUUGACCAUACAUUAUUGCAUUUAAUUCUGAUGUUAAUCAAAGUUUUAAAUGUUCAAACCUGGGGCAUAUUUUAAGCAUUUUAUUUGUUAAGACAGGUGCAAUAUUUUUCAUAUUCAAGAUAUUGAAUUUGUUCUCGACCACAGCUGUUAAAACUUGCUUAUGCUGUAAUGAGAAAUCUUAAGAAAUAUUAUUUACACUGUACAUUGAAUUAGUGCUGAUACCUGGAAAAUACACUGUUUUUUUCCAUUAAAAAAUUAGCACUUAUUAAGGAAUUCAUCAUUUUUGUCUUACAUUAAUUUUUUACAGUUUUUCAAUGCAGAUACAUGUAUGCAGAUAGAUGUGUUUUUUUUUUCAAGAAAGAUUUAAAACGACUAUAGUAAUUGUCUAGGAAGAAAACAUGUUUUGUCUAUUUGGAAAUGAUUUGCUUUUUCAUCAUUGCUACAUGAGAGACAAUGAAAAGCCUAUAACAGCUAAGUAUCUAAUAGUAGUAGUGCUUUGAAUAUUUAAGGUAAGAAAAUUGUAGUUAUUGCUAAAAUUAUUGAUUAAAACUGUAAAAUGUCAAAGUAUUACUAUUACUAAUUAUUUUUCUAUAUUAAUUAAAUGAGGUAACAGAUUGAUGUAAGUUUUUUAUAAUUGAUACAGAUGAUUAAAAACAAAUAUAUCACAGACAACAUGGGCUGAAAUAUCUUGAUUAGUUAAGCAAGAGGCCGUUUAUAAGACAUUAUUAUUAAUUAAAACACUAUUAUUAUUAUUAUAUAAAGUUUAGUGCCAUAUUUUGGAUUGUGAAACUAUUUCACAAGAAAAAAAAGAAGUGGAAUAGAAUGGAUUAAAUGUUUCUUGUCAGUUUCAAAUUCAAAGUAUUUUUGUUAAUUGUUACUUAGAAACUCUGACAAUUGGUAAUAUAUUUAUAAAUAUUGCAUUUUCUGGAUAAUAAAGAAA